AUGUCUUUAACAAACUGCCGGUUCUAUGAGGACAAGUAUCCGGAGGUGGAUAGCUUCGUCAUGGUUAAUGUCAAGCAGAUCGCCGAGAUGGGCGCAUAUGUGAAGCUGCUUGAAUAUGACAACAUCGAUGGCAUGAUCCUCCUCUCAGAACUCUCUCGCAGACGUAUUCGCAGUAUCCAGAAGCUCAUCCGCAUUGGGCGCAACGAGGUUGUUAUCGUGCUUCGUGUCGACAAGGAGAAAGGUUACAUUGAUCUGUCGAAGCGACGUGUUUCUCCCGAGGAUGUCAUCAAGUGCGAGGAACGUUACAACAAGAGCAAGGCAGUGCACUCUAUCAUGCGCCACGUCGCAGAGGCAACUCAGACCCCCCUGGAGACCCUAUACGAGAACAUCGGGUGGCCUUUGAACCAAAAAUACGGUCACGCGCAUGAUGCCUUCAAAAUCUCCAUUACGAACCCCUCCGUCUGGGAUGAGAUCACCUUCCCCAGCGAACCCGUCCGUGCCGAUAUCGAGGUCACAUGCUUCGGUUACGAUGGAAUCGACGCCGUCAAGGAUGCCCUCCGUACCGCUGAGGCCGACAACACCCCCGAGAACCAGAUCAAGGUCAGACUGGUGGCUCCUCCUCUCUACGUCCUGGCCAGCCAAUGUCUCGAUAAGACCCUCGGUGUUAAGUUGCUUGAGGAGGCCAUCGUGAAAAUCGAAGAGCGUAUCAAGGCGGCCGGCGGUAGCUGCACCGUGAAGAUGGCACCCAAGGCUGUCACUGAGCACGACGAUGCGAUCCUGCAGGAGCUCAUGGAGAAGCGUGAGCGUGAGAACACCCAGGUCAGCGGAGAUGAGGACUCCGAGAGCGAUGAGGAGUAA